AUGAUGAAAAACAAAAAAGGGUCUCACAUCUCUGAUGCUCAUGCUCUUCGUCCUAGUUUCACUACUGAUCUUCUCAGUUCAGAUGUCUUUGAUUCUGGUAUGGAGGAGAUGAAGCUGUAUGACAAAAAAGAAAAAGAUGUGAUGAUGAAGAGAUGGAGUGUUAAGGAGCUGAAAGAAGGUAUUGAGUUGAAGAUCAACUUGCCUGGGUUUGGAAAGGAUGAUGUCAAAGUCACUGUAGAGGGUACCUCUCUUGUUAUCACUACUCUUCUGGGUAAAGAAAAGCUUGGCGACGUUGUUCCAGAUGUUGUUAAUGGUGAUUCUUAUUAUGUGUAUGACAGUGAUGAUGAAGAUGAUAUGAACACUUUUAUCAGUUUCGAUCUGGAUCUUGAUUUCCUUAACUUACAGGAACUGAAAGCUGAGAUGAAAAAUGGACUUCUUAAGGUCUGUAUUCCUAAGGUAAAGGUUAAGGAGAAGAAUGUCAUCCUUGUGAAGGUUGAUUAGUCAGAUCUGGUCACUACUGUUCUAGCUAGAUGAAGAAGGCGGUGUUGGUUUUUAGUUUCUGGUCUUUUAUCUUUAUGUUGCAUGAAAAUUUCCCUUCCUAGUUUAGUUGAUCUUUCUCGUUUUAGGGUUUAUGUAGUUUUCAGACUUUUGUGAGGUUGUAGUGAUAAGAUUUAUGAUCAUCAA